GGGCCACAGGCAGCCGGUGCUAUGAGCAAGCUGCAAGGCCGGCUGAAGACUGCGGCAGACGAACUGGCCAAGAACAAGAAGGCCUCGACCUAUGGCGACAAGCUGCUCAAGGGCAAAGAGGCGCUGGCUGAGGAGAUGGGCAACGUCGACAAAGCAGAAGCCGAGGUGGCCAAGGCGGAGAAGCUUGCCGAGCCUGUCGAGGCCGUGGCCAACCCCACCGAUGAGGAGUGUGCGGAGCUGGGUGACGCUAUCGUCCUUGCUCAGAACACGAUCAAAGCAACAACUGGGUCGAUCCAGGCGCACAUGGCCACACCGGUGGCGUCCAUGAAGGCAUCCUUUUCAAAGGUCGCCGAGCGCAGCAAAAAGGUUCAGGAGAGAUUGGACAAGGUCUUGGCUGGCAAGAAGGGGCUCCGUGAGCGAUCCCUGGGCGAGGCCUACGUGCGGGAAGGCAAGAAGAAGACAGAUGCCGUGGACAGCUUUGUGGAGAAGGCUCGCUGUCUGCUGAGGCAGUACUGGCCGCAGAAAAACUGA